AUGAGACCUACACUGCUGGACGUGUUUUUGCACACUGAUUAGAAACGCUUGGCAAAGUUGGAAAGCAGAUUUGAACUCAGCGUCCAAAAACACGUCCAGCAGUGUAGCCCUUAUCUCAAAUGGCCACUUCGACUUGGCAUCCUUCCCUGGAGAGCCGCUGUGCUACAAUUUUGCCCACCUGAGAACCAACUAGACAUCCCAGGUUUACCGAUGCCUGGUUGCAAAGAAAUGAAUGCCUCAAUGAUGGUAAAAAAAUGUCGGCAGGUAUCCAGCACGCCCGCUUAUGCCGAGAAGACCCCGAGGCAAGUGUGGCAAGAGCUUAACGAGUACGUGGACUUUCACUGCGAUGAAGAAAGUUGUUCACUGAUUCUGAAAGCAAUUGUGGUAGAUGGUGUGCAUGAUUUGCAACCGGACGCCACAAUCAAAACCGGGCAGCCCUAG